AAACUUAAUUCUUGACCGGGCGCACGCUUCAAUGUUUUUGCCUUUACAUCAUAGUUGUGGUCGCCUCUGCCGUCGGCAGCAGGCGACAUCUGACCACUCGUGCGUUACACCUGAGUACACGUUAGAUCGGUUAGAAUGCAUCCCUCUUUCGCAUUUAUCGUGAUUCUGUUAUUUGGCCCAUCCAUUGCCACGAUUUUCUUGUAUGGUUUUCUUUUUUACCAUAUUGUUCCCAACACAGUUUUGCUUUCCGGUAGUUUUUCUUGCACCAUAAUCGUUCUUUCAUUUGUCUGUUGCUCAGCAGUAUCUUUUAAUAUUUCCUCUUCGAUGGACUCCGGUGCGUACGAACCACAUAACCUUAUCGACACGAUCAACGAUGCUCAACACUUGAUUGGUACCUGGUCCGUAGAUCUCAAAAGGGAUUUAUGCGUUUCAGCUGAACGACUUAAUACUCUUACAUCCUUAUGGUAUAUGAACGCCGGGCUUAUCGCUCCCAAAAGUCUCAAGUCGGAUUUCGCUCGUCUUGGAAAACUCAUGUGCGACAUAAGUUGUCCAGACUGUUCUCUAUCACAAAUGCAACAGUCCGUUGCGAGUUGUUGUACUACAGUGGAGAAACUCAAACGCGACAUCGCUACUUUUGAAGACACUUGCAAAAAAUACGAAACACUACAGAAGAGUGCCGACGUAUUAUAUUUUGACCUCACCAAGUUUCUUAAAAGUCCCCGACUAGAUGCCAAGCUGUUCAGUGCAGAGGUAUCCUCACUGGAACAAGUCAAACAGCGAUGUAUGAAAACUACAGAAGCGGUGUCCGAGCUUAACGAGCGCCUACAAGCAGAAGAAAGCGAACAUCAAGAGCUUGUACCAACAUGUGAUGAACUAAAUGCGAUUAAAAACGAAAUCGCCCAACUACAAGAGCAAAAGCGGUACCUUGAGGACCAGAUAGAUAGCUACUGCAAUCUGUCCCUCGACUCUAAGAAUGCCCAGGCUCAAUUAGAAUCCGCUAUGGCAAAAAUGGAACUGAUGGAUAAACAGUUUCUGGAUACUAUUGGCUUGGACGGAUGGCGAUGAUCUUUACUGGCACACGAAUGAACAAUGCCACAACACUCGGAGAAAGUUUUAUGGGCCCAUGCUUUAUACGCGACUGUUCUCUUCAUGUGUUUAUUUGGACACGCAUCGUUUUUCAAGGCGCUGGACUAUAACCAGUUGUAUAUUUCUUUCUGCACUUUCGGUCGUCAAACUCGGUUCUUCAUGGUUUAUUGGGGGAAAAGCCAAACAACAGAGAAACACAUUGUAGCUCGUUCACACAACACUUCAUGUAUAUCGUCUAACUUGUUCCAGUACUGACGAUGCAGUUCCACCGAUAGCGUUCCCUCCUUAAUACAGUUUGAACCAACCAUUUUCUUUAUACUUCUAAACAUAAAAAUCAAAACGCGCAGAUUGUGAGAUAAUGCUGCUUUACCAGUCACCAGACACUUGCUGACUACUGGUCACCGAGUCAAUCCUGAUGAGUCAUUCACAGUUUUACUGCGUGAUCAGCGGUCCCCAAUCUUUAGACUAUUGGAGGCUAUUGUUAUC